GAGGAGAGGGAGGAGGUUGAAGGGAGGUGAUACGAACACGACCGCCCGACCGGCGGCCAGAACAUGAGACAGACUCGGACCAGACGGACCGGAGGAGGACCGGAUGAAGAACGGGGCAGGAUCGGCGCGGCUCUGCAGUCUGGAGCGUUCGGGAGUUUAGCCUGAAUCCGGGGCAGACCCGCUUUGGUCUCCGUGGCCGCUGUAGAAAAUAACGGGAGCUGGGAGUCGCUCCGGUGCCAGCCAUCAUGAAGAAGAACAACUCGGCCAAACGGGGCCCGCAGGACCAGAACCAGAACCAGAACCACACGCAGCCCGACAAAGUCGGAUGGAUCCGCAAGUUUUGUGGGAAGGGGAUUUUCCGGGAGAUAUGGAAAAACCGUUUCGUGAUCCUCAAAGGAGACCAGCUGUACAUCUCUGAGAAGGAGGUGAAGGAUGAGAAAAAGGUGCAAGAGGUGGUGGAUCUGUCUGACUAUGAACGCUCAGAGGAAGUCCGUAAGGCCAAGAGCCGCAGUAAGAAGAACCACAGCAAGUUUACUCUGCUGCGCUACAAGAGUCCUGGAAACACGGUUCCUAACCUGGUCUUUCUCGCUGUGAGUCCAGAGGAGAAAGAAUCAUGGAUCAGUGCCUUAAACACCGCCAUCAUCCGCGCAAAGAACCGAAUCCUGGACGAGGUCACAGUGGAGGAUGACUGCCAGUUGUCUCAUCUGACUCGGGACCGGGCCAAGAUCCCUCACAACCGACGCCUGCCCACAAGAGGUCACCUUAUGGCUGUGGCGUCCACCUCCACCUCUGACGGGAUGUUGACUCUGGAUCUGAUCCAGGAAGAGGAAAGUUCCCGUGAUGCCGGCAGCCACAACUUCCGGGUUGACCUGAACAAAUCUGUGUCCCACCUGGGCCCUGACUGUCCCCGGUCCAAAACAGACAGUGCUCUCUCUGCCAAGACAGCUGUCACUGACACUUCUGGGAAGUCCCAGAGCCUUCCCCGAGAGACAGCGGUGUCCUGGGAGAAUGAUGGGGAGGAACAUUUAACGACUGCAGAGAAAACCCGCUGCUCCUCCAUGGAGGAGAUCCUGUCCAACUCAGAGACACCAACCUCCAAGACCCGGGGGUCUGCAGUGCCCUGUUCAGUGGUGUCAGGAGACAAUGGAGGAACCAAGCCCAUUAGCCAGCUGCAGGACCUGAUCAGCCAGAAACUCCAGAGGACGCAGGAGCUGCUGAUGGAGGUCCGGGGAGGGGUGCAGAGGGACAGUGAGCAGGCAAAGGCUGAGAAACUGCUGAGGGAGGCAGAGGCAGUCUGGGGUCAGGCCAGGGAGGUGCUGGAAGAGGUGAAGGGUCUGAGGGUGUUGUACCAGCAGCUGAACUCCUCGACAGGCGCUCCCACCACUUCCUGCCUCUCCCCACGCUCCCCCUCCAACAGUUCCAAGCAGAAUGUAUACAGGAAGAGCAUGAUGUGACCAAGAGAUAUGAUGUACCUUGCACAACCACCAAACUGGAACAUGUAUGUCCUGAUCUGAACUGGAACACGAAUGUCCUGGUCUUUCUCAGUUUGACUUGAACCGUCUCUACAUGUGAAGCCCUGUUUGACUUCCUGCUGUUUACUGUAUGCACACUAAAACACUCCUUAAAUACCACUUAUCUUCUGUUCUAGGCAUAACAAUGUAUUUGGGAAAAUCAGGUUUAGCCCUUCACAGUCACUACAGACCUAGGAGAAAAUCUGGUUACAAGCUAGUUCAGACAGAAUUUACUUUCACCAUGUACUCAUUUAUUUCGGAGCUGUAAACUCAUGAGAAAAAGUUGUAUGUAGUACUACUGCAGGGUGUGUACACUGUCAUCAGCAGCAUGAUGAGGGGGAAACAGGUUGAUAGUUGGUGUAACAGGAGUCGAGGUGGAUGAGUGGUUUUAUUUCUGAAAUUUCUGUUGGUGUUCAGUCCAUAUCCCUACAGGAGGGCUGGAGGCCAGGUUGGGUCAGGUCCAGAUCAGGGCAAAUCAUUUAAAGCUAAAAUGGGACCAGAUGUUACAAUCCUGCCUAUUAAUCACAUUUUUGUCAACAACUUCAACAUUCAAUCCCAGUACUGCCGACACCCCAAAUGAAAUUGAGUGAAUCGCUUUGUUAUUGUUCAGUAUUAUAAUUACUUACCGUGGAAAGCAAAGUUGUUGUAGUGUGUGUGUGUGUGUGGGGGGGGGGGUAAGUAGUUUUCGCUUCCUGUUUCUGUACCAGCAUCCCGUGUUUCAGACAGUGAUAUGAAGCACCACCGAUGACUGAUAAUUCAUCAGCUUUCAUUGCAGCUUUGCUUUACUAUACCGAAGUGUUUCAACGUGAAACCCUCUGAGAGGUCUGGCGAAUCUGGGACAGCAUUUAGUUGAGUCUGGUGCACCUCACCAAUACCUAAGAACGAGUCCAGUAUGUGACAUAACUGCACAUCCCCAUAGUGACACACGUUUGCUCCCUUUACAAUGGCACGUAUGAGGAGGUGGUUGAGGAGGUCCAAACCCAGACUGGACAAGUUGAUCACUGAACCAUAAGAAUAAGGCUUAGAACGGACUUAGCAGAACCUCUCUACCCUGCCAACAAAACCUCUGUUGAACUGUGUGAAACAGGGGCCAGAGGACCGGACCAAUCCAACAGAACCAGGAUAACACAACUGCAAUGUCUAUGGCUUCCUGUUUAACUUCCCUGUCCUGUUUGUUGACAUUGGUAUGGUCCAACAUUACAGAGGAACCCUCAGCUCAGAUCAACCAUCUUCAGUCCUGUCUCAUCUUGGACAUGAACAGAGUCCGGAUUGGUACUUGAACAGGUUUCUCUGCAUUCUCUGGGCCAAAAGGUUUCAGAAGCAGGAGCAAGAAGGAGUAAUACCAGGGGAUCUGAUUUCUCUGCCUUACUGCACAACUCUGAGUGGCACAUAUGGUACUGCUAUACGUAGUAAUACUAUAGAUCAUGAUGUGGUACUAGUACACAGCGUGAUACUAGAGAUAGUCUAUGGUACAGGUAAAAACAAUACUACUGCAGAUGUCCAGCGGUCAAGUUUAUCCUCACCGGCCAAGGAUCUAAUCCUAUCAGGGUCUUUAUCCCCGGUCUCGCUCACAGCUUUUCAAUUGAAAUAAUGAAUAAAUAAGAAUUAUAAAAGUGACAAAGCAUUUGCAGAAGCUAGUUCUGGGUCACUCCUGACAGAGAAGCAGAAUUCCAUGUUGAUGUUAAAAGUAUUUAGAAUGCGGAAUAUUGGGAAAUCUUUGAUUUUAGGCCGAGACUUUGGUGUAAUUUUAAAAACUGGUACUGAAAGAUUCAUCGGGCUCAAAAAUAUUUCUGGAAAUGAGUCUCGUCACUUCACCGUUUGCCCCAGUAGUGGACUGUGUGGCUGAAGAACACAGCAAAUAAUCGCAAAUAUUCAUUUCAGACAUCAGCGGAGAGAGCGAAAAGAUUUCAGACAAAUUUCGUUGAUUGGAGAAAGGGAGAGAUCCCAUCUGGAAAUGUGAAGACUCUGCUGUUCGAUUCUGACGCUCACUGCUCUCAAACUCGGUCUCGGACAGGGGUAGCGAAUAUACUUACUUGAUAACAGCUGGCUUCAAACAAGCAAUCUGAUUGGGAAGUGUUCUCCGUUGCAAUGCCAACUCUUGAGGGAACCAGGAAGUGAGUGAGCGCUCUCUCAUUUUCUCCCGAUUUAUUUUAUUUUUUUCAUGCUGAUGUACUGGAUAUAAACUACGGUACAUAAACUACAGGGUGGACUGAGUAGCAACUCACAACAGGAAUCAAACCCAUGGCUUUGCACUAAAACCAUCUCUGGGUUCUCUCAGCACGUGAGACACGACCACUUGUGCAAUUAGAACAAUCUAGCCUCAGCUAACCAACCUUUUAAUGUGGAAGUUUAUUUUUUUAAGCAAGAAUUAUGCCACGCAUUUUUUAAACACGCUGAAUUUGUACAAUUUAAUGCUGCCUGAGGUUGAGCUGAGGGUGACGAGCGUGUUUGGACGGUAUAAAUGGAAUCAAAUGAAUGAAAGAUGCUGAAGUGAAGUCAUGCCAACAAUAGCAUGAUGUCACAGCAUAGUGAAACAUCCAAAUCAAAAAUCAAGUGCUGAUCUUGUCAGAUGGAAAUGCAAACUUUGUUUUAUGUAGACUCAAAUAUUUCGCCUGGCAAAUGAUUUAGCAGCGUCAAUCUUCAAUUACAAAUUUGUAUAUGUUUUUUACUUUUGGGGUAGGAAUAGAAACUAGGGUCCGCUUGAGCACAGAGGGAGCGGAAGUGUUCCCUAAUCGUUGAAACAAGAGAGCAAACCACUUACUGAAAGUAUGAAGGAGAAUUGAAAUUCAAUCUGAAAGUUUUUUUCUGCCAAAAUGGCCGACGAUUCCUUCAGUGUCCUUACUGGAAAAAACUUUCUAGUUAUAGAAAAUUCUAGCAUUAGUCUUUAGUAAAUUUCUGUUCCUAUUGACGGUACUAUAAAGUUUUAGUGUCUUCCUCUUUUUCAUGUUGUUUUUUUUUCCUACCUUCUGUUAAAGAAUUCACCCCUCCUGUUUUUGGAAGGCAUCUACCUGUAGUUGCCGUAGCCUUAAAGGCAGAGAGGAUGAUGGGAAGAGUAGUCUGACAGACUGUGAUGUGUGGACUCUGUACAAGCUCUGUUUCCUGAUCUCUCAGGGCUCCAUGUUAAUAAAUGUGU